CUGAACAACAGUGCAAAAAUUGUCUGGUAGUUUAAUGCAUUGCGUAUUUGGUUGCAGUUCUAUUUUACCGUUCCCAAUAUCUAGUAGUUGUUCGGAAAAUAUUUGUGCUGAUGGAUCAUUUUGCAAUUGUAUUCGCAUAUUUAUGGUCAAUCGAAGUGUUUCAACACUUCGCCAUAAGAAUGAUUGUUUCAAACAUGCAUUAAUCUCAUCCGCGAAAGUAGAGCGAGGUAUAACCGGUAAGGUCUGCCGGAAGUCACCAGACAAAAAUAAGAUAGCACCACCGAAAAGUUUAUUAUUGCUGUUUAAAUCUUGCAUAGUUCUGUUUAAUGCUUCUGCUUGCUGAAUAUUUGUGUGCCAUUGUGCACUCAUCCCAAAUUAUUACAGAACUCUUCCGCAACACUGCAGCUAUUCCACUAUUCUUUUUGAUAUUACACAUUGCAUCUGGUUUAUUAUGAACGUCCAAUGGCAGCUUGAAUGUUGAAUGUGCUGUUCGCCCACCAUCCAGUAAGGUAGCCGCAAUGCCUGACGAUGCUACUGCUAAUGCGAUUUUUUGUUGCGACCGUAUUUUGGCAAGAAUCAACGAUAUUAAAAAUGUUUUACCGGUUCCACCAGGUGCAUCCAAGAAAAAAAAACCACCUUGUUCAGCAGCAACAGCCAGCAUAAUCCGAUCAUAAAUAAUUUUUUGUUCUGCUGUCAGUAAUGGUUCACUGUUCAUGAUAAUUGUUGCUAAACUUCCAUGGUCAUAUUGAUUUUCUCGUUGUAAAUCGGUAUUGACUAAGUCGGUGGCUGGACGAUUAGGUGAUGGCAUACCAUAAUGAUUAAGUGGUAAAUUUGAAAUAAGAACACAUAAAUCCUCGAUCAAGACCAAUGCUUCAUUGUACAUCUCUGGUGUAUAAUCUAUGUUUUGGCAUUGAUUUGUUUGUUUAAUUCGGUGCAAGAUGUCUUCUGUCAUACAAUUUUUAUAUUUUUCCCACAAAGUUUGUGCUUGCGAGGGAUAACAUGUCGUCAAAAUAAUUGCAAACAACUGACGAAUGUUAUUCGGUGUUGAUGUCAACGCAGCAUCAGCAAGCGUUAAGUCCCAAUGGUUAUCGUCUUCUAGCAAUUGCAGUUCACGACAUGCAUCCUGGUAUGUAUUGAAUACUCGACCAUUAACUGUUCGUAAAAAUUCAAAAGACGUUGGUCCGGGAACAUUCACCAAUAACAAACGUAAAUAGAAGCACUCACGUUGCUUAGGAUGUACCGUGUAAAGUCUCCCCAAUGUCUUAGCUUUGGAUAUGCCUGUACAACCUUGGACUCAGAAAGCAGGGUCGCUGCCCACUGUGCCACUCGGCCGUCAAAAAGUUACAACGUUUUUGCUACCAUCACAAAACAUUGUGGACAUCUUCAACUAUGCUUCCAAGACUGAUCCAGCUUUUGAAAGAGUACGCAAUAAUCAAUUUCAUCUGGCUUUGAAAAUCUAUAUCCUUUUUCAUGCUGUGAUGACGCGGUGACGUUGCAUCCGCUGACCCUGGGGCGCCUGCAGGCAGCGUACUCCGCGGACGAGCGGCGCGCCAUCUACGACGCCGUCAUCGCCUCCCGCCCGGCGUGCGACGAGCUCGCCGACUUGGCGCUAGGGGAUGCGGGCGCGGCGCCGGAACAGAGCAAGCGCAAGUCGAAGCUGGAGCAACUGGCAGAGCUGCGAGACUUGCGCCGCCGACGCGUUAAGUACAGGGUGGCGGUGCACUCGCGCAACUACUCGCACACGCUGCGCGCCCUUAUCGACACACAGAUGGAGAUGUACGUCGAAGCACAAGGUCACGUAACCAAGCCACAUGAUGCAUCCGAUUAUAAAUAUCCUAAAACUGAAAAACAGCCAGCACAUUCCUCAGACGAGAACGAUAAUGAACACAGAGGAUCUACGAAAAAACACAGAUAUGAUAGCGAUAGAAAAAAUGAUCAUAGCGAACACAGAAGAAAACGUGUUUCUUAUGAUGAUAACCAUUCUCGAAAGUACGAGAUAGAUAGACGUCAAACUUCAGCUGAAGAAAGAAUAACGCAUGAUCGUGAUAGAAGAAGAAAGCAAGACGGAACCAAGGAUGGUUACAAAGAAGAAAGAGAUGUUGAGAAAAGAAAACGUGCUUAUGAGGACCAUACAAACGCACAAGCGUUUGAGAAAGGGAGAUACAAAACGUCUAGAGUAGAAAGAGAAAAGUCUGAAGACAAUGAUGAAAGCAGAAGACAAGACAGUUACAGGGAUUAUUGUAGAAAAGAAAAAGAUGUUAAACAUAACAGAGAAAAAAAUUUAGAAAGGACCAGCCAUACUAAAGAAGAAAAAGAUAUAUAUCGUUCAAGUUCAAUCGACAGCCAUAGAGGUCGUGAGAGCGAAAAAGAGGGCCCAUAUUACAAAGAUAAAGAUAAGAAUGGUAUUAAGAAAGAUACAGUAAGAAGUAAAAGAGAUAGAUACAGUUCCAGUACAAGGGAUAUUCAGAAAUAUCGCGGAAGCGAAUGGGAGGUACGAUAUGACAAAGAUAAAGCUAGGAAUGAUGUUAAACAAGAACGCGAUAGAUAUAGUUCAAAAGACAGAUACAGACACCGCGAGAGCGAAAGAGAGGAACGAUAUAACAAAGAUAGAGAUAGAUAUGGUCAUGGAACUGAUACAAGAUAAUAUAAUCAUGAGCUGUAUAAGAAGUAAAGAAAGCUAUACAGAGAAAAGAAAGAAUUAAAAACUACAUGUAUGCAGACUACCUACGUUUCUUUGUAGAAAUAUUAAAUACUAUGAUGACAAUGUUAAAA